AUGGAGAAAAGCAAAAAACCAGCAUCAGCUGAAGAAUUGUUAAGAAAGAUCCUGGAGCUGGAAGAACGUCAUGCCCACCUCAAACAAGAAAUGUCAAAGCUCAUGCUUUCCCGUAACCGGCCAAAACUCGACUACCAAACAGCAUCCAGGCACUGCGAUAGAGCCGGUGCAGGUGUCUUCACUUCGUCUUUAUGGCCGGUCAUCAAAGGAACUCAUGAUGGAUCUUCCGAGCCUUUAGUAAUGAAGCUAAACGAAACUCGGUAUUGGAACAUACUGCAGUCAAUGGGUCAGGCUGUGCAUGUAUUCGACCUCAACGGUCGGAUAUUCUUUUGGAACCGAGCUUCAGAAAAUCUUUAUGGUUUUACAUCUGAUGAAGCUUAUGGGAAAACUCCAACGGAGCUUCUAGUGGAACCUAAAGAUGCAGUAUUAUCUGAUUAUCUUCUAAUGCGAAUACUAAAUGGAGAGAGUUGGUCUGGAGAGUUUCCUAUAAGAAAAAAGAGUGGAGAAAUAUUUAUGGUUAUCGCUACCAAUACACCAUAUCGUGAUGAAAAUAGAAGAUUAAUUGGGGGUCUAUGUGUAUCGAGUGAUGCACAUCCAUAUCAAGCUUCAAAGGUGAAGUUGAAAAUGAAGAAACGCGAUGACUAUAAAGAUGAUGAAGGUGUGAGUGACGUUACCACUUAUGAUCAUACAAAGGAUGCACUUGAAAAUAGCCUUACCCCAAGGGGACAUAUUGCUCCAUCUCCAUAUGCAGUAUUUCAUUCUACAGGCACAGAAGAGGAGUAUAAUACGAUAGAUUCUGGUUACGAGAGUGAAAACAAACUUGGGACACGCAAGAUUUUGUCUUCCAAAGCAGAGGCAUGGAUGGGAAAAAGGGGAAUUGUGUGGCCAUGGAAAGAAAGAGAAGUAGAGUUUUUGGAUGCUGGAAUUGGUCGUUUUGGUUGGCAUCGUUUAGAUAUCAAUCAAGAACAUAAGCCUGGUCUACAAAUAAGUUCUGGUGCUUCUGUGAAAUUAGACUGUCAACCAUGGGAAAAUACCCAAUUGGUGAGUAAUAAGAUGGACGCUUCUGGGUUGUGGUUUUCUUCGUUACAUGUUAGUAGCACGAGUAGCUCAAGUAGCAGCAAAAGUAAUACUAUUAUCAAAGUGGAAAGGGAGACAGAUUAUGAAAUAUUAUGGGAAGACUUGAUAACUAAAGAACAGAUUGGGCAAGGUUCGUGUGGGACUGUAUAUCAUGCGUUGUGGUAUGGAUCGGAUGUUGCAAUGAAGUUAUUUGUGCAUCAAGAAUAUUCAGAUGAUGUGAUACUAUCAUUUAAACAAGAGGUAUCACUAAUGAAAAGGCUUCGACACCCGAAUAUUUUGUUGUUCAUGGGGGCUGUAACUUCACCUCCGCAUCUAUGCAUUGUUACAGAGUUCCUUCCCCGUGGAAGUUUGUUUCGGAUACUUCAGAGGAAUACAACCCGAUUAGAUUGGAAACGUCGUCUCCAUAUGGCCAUGGAUAUCGCACGAGGCAUGAAUUAUCUUCAUCAAUGCAACCCGCCCAUUGUUCACCGUGAUUUGAAGUCUUCAAAUCUUCUUGUUGAUAAGAAUUGGACCGUCAAGGUUGGCGACUUUGGUCUCUCCCGUGUGAAGCAUGAAACGUACCUCAAAACAAAGACAGGGAAAGGAACGCCUCAAUGGAUGGCUCCAGAAAUUCUUCGUAAUGAGCAAGCAAAUGAAAAGUCGGAUGUAUACAGCUAUGGCGUGGUAUUAUGGGAACUUACCACCCAAAAGAUCCCUUGGGAUAAUCUUAAUGCAAUGCAGGUUAUUGGAGCAGUUGGGUUCAUGAAUCGGAAACUAGAGAUUCCAAAAGAUGUAGAUCCAAUGUGGGCUUCUCUUAUCCAAACUUGUUGGUGCAGUGAAGCAGAAGCCCGACCAACCUUCCAAGAACUAUUAUAUAAGCUCAAAGAUUUGCAGAAGAAAUUUGCAGCUGAACGAAGGAAAUAA